AUGACUUAUUCCCUCAGGGCUGCAUCUCCAUAUUCUAUCGGUAUUGGUGACUUCAACAAUGACAAUCGAAUGGAUUUAGUCGUCACCAAUAAUGGCUCUGACAAUAUAGCUCUAGUUGUCGGAUAUGGCAACGGUACUUUUGCAAGUCCAAAAAUGUAUUCCACUGGAUCUUCUGCAUCAAUCUUCAUUACCAUAGGUGAUUUAAACAGAGAUAAUCGUUUAGACAUUGUUUUCAUCAACAAUGACAUCAGCACCAUAGGCAUUAUGCUUGGUUAUGACGAAUUUUUUCCAAUUCAAACGGUAUAUUCAACUGGCUCUUACCCAUACUCUGUAGCUGUCGAUGAUUUUAAUAACGACACCCAGCUGGAUAUCGCCGUUGCUAAUCUAGUUGAUGGUACUGUAGGUAUUCUUCUCGGAUAUGCCAAUGGCUCUUUUGCAAACCAAAGGGCAUAUUCAACUGGCUCUUACCCAUACUCUGUAGCUGUUGGUGAUUUUAAUAACGACACCCGAUUGGAUAUUGUCGUCGCUAAUUCUGGUGAUAACACUGUAAGUGUUCUUCUCGGGUAUGGCAAUGGUUCUUUUGCAAAUCAAACGACAUAUUUAACUGGCUCUAAACCAUAUUCUGUAGCUGUUGGUGAUUUUAAUAACGACAGCCGACUCGAUAUCGUCGUCGCUAAUUUCAAGGAUCACACGGUAAGUGUCCUUCUCGGCUAUGGUGAUGGCUCUUUUGCAAAUCAAAUAAUCUAUUUAACUGGUUUUGGCCCAUUUUCUGUAGCUGUUGGUGAUUUUAACAAUGAUACUCAAUUAGAUAUGAUCAUUGUUAAUUCUGGUGAUAACACUGUAAGCGUCCUUCUCGGAUAUGGCAAUGGCUCCUUUGCAAAUCAAACGACAUAUUCAACUGGCUCUGAGCCACAGCUGGUAGUUGUUAAUGAUUUUAAUAAUGACGCCCGACUGGAUAUCAUCGUCACUAAUUAUUAUGACUUCACUGUAAGUGUUUUUCUCGGAUAUGGCAAUGGCUCCUUUGCAAAUCAAAUGACCUAUUCAACUGGUUCUAACCCUCUUUCUAUAGCUGUUGGUGAUUUUAAUAACGACACCCAACUAGAUAUCAUCACCACUAAUGCUGGUAAUAACAGUGUAAGUGUUCUUCUCGGAUAUGGCAACGGCUCUUUUGCAAAUCAAACGACAUGUUCAACUGGUUCUGGACCAGCCUCUGUAGCUGUUGGUGAUUUUAAUAACGAUACCCGACUGGAUAUCGUUGUUGCCAAUUUUUAUGACUACAGUGUAAGUGUACUACUUCGGUAUGACAGAGGAGCUCUGAAAGACAAAACCACUUUUGCAGCUAGCGAUAAUUCUCGUUUGCAAAGCUUUGUCAUUUUUGAUUUCAAUAACGAUAGCCUACUGGAUAUCGCCGUUGCCAAUUACGGUACUCAUAAUAUAGGUGUUUUUCUUGGUUAUGGAGAUGGCACUUUCGGAAACCAAAUGGUGCUCUCAACAGGCUUCAAUUCUUAUCCUUACUCAAUCGCCAUCCAUGAUUUUAAUAAAGAUGGUCAAGUGGAUAUAAUAGUGGCCAAUUAUGGUACUAAAAAUCUUGUUACAUUUCUGGGACGGGGGAACGGAACAUUUGAAAGUCAAGAAAGUUACAGCGUAGGUUUCGACUUUGCUCCAUUAGAAGUUAGUGUUAGUGAUUUUAACAAAGAUAGUCGUUCAGAAAUUUUUGUUGCAUAUAAUGGCAUCGAUUAUGUGGAUGUGUUUGUUACAUAUAA